AUGGACAGUGAAAUACGUGAACUUAAACGGCAAUUCCGCAAUUUAAAUGACCGUUUUUCUAUGCUUCAGCGCUUCGUCAGCAAUAUUAACGACAAAGUUAAUAAGCGCUUGAAAAAGUUUGAACUGCUAUCGACUGAGCUCCUUAAUUCACAUGAGAUAUAUCCUGUGGAAGUUGUUGAUGUUACUCCAGAAGGUUUAGAUACUCCUACCAAGCAGAAGAUUUCUUCCCCAGUCGUCUCGUCGUCGAAAAUUGCCAAACGUUCUCCUCUGACUCCAGAGAGUGAUAAUUCCAAUGCCCAAAGCACUUCUAAUGAAACACCGAGAUCAUGUGCGAGGAAACGCCGGAGGUCGCGGUUAGUUCCAUCGAGAUCUCAACUUGUGAAAAUUAUGAAGGAAUUGGAAGGAGAAUAA